GGUGCCUACAUUUAUAUCUCUCAUCAAGGCUGGGUUCAAGCACCACCAUGGAUGCUAAUGGAUACAGCAAGUUGGGCAGUGCCACGAAGGAGGUCACUGGAGGGCACUGGGGACGCUGGGAGUCCUGCAAACAAAGGCUUUUCUUUCUGGCCCUGGCUGUCCUGGUGGUCACAGUGCUGUGGGCUCUCAUUCUGAGCGCCCUGUUGUCCAAGGGCUCCACAGAACGCAGGACACUGCGCCAUUACCACAGCCUGCUGAAAACUAACGUGUCGGAGCAGAAGGUGCUGCUGGGUGCCUUGAAGGAGGAAGUUGGAGCCUGCAAGAGCUGCUGCUCAGAGACCAAAGCGCAGCUGCAAACCACACUCACGGAGCUUAAAGAGACGCAGGCAAAACUGAUGGAGCAGGAGAGCACACUUAAGGAACUGCGGGAGCAUGUGACCCAAGGCUUGGCUGAAGCAGGCAGAGAUCGAGAGGAUGUCCGCAAUGAGCUGUUCCGAGCACUAGAUGCUGUCAAGCACCAGAACAGCUCUUGCGAGCAAUGCCCUGCAUCGUGGCUUCCUUUCCAAGGCUCUUGUUACUAUUUCUCUGAGUCACAGGCCACAUGGGAGGCAGCACAGAGCCACUGCGCAGGCCACAGCGCCCACUUGGUGAUUGUCGGGGGCCUGGAUGAGCAGGGCUUUCUGACUCGACACACACGUAGCCGUGGUUAUUGGCUGGGUCUGAGGGCCGUUCGCCAUCUCCGAAAAAUUCAAGGGUACCAGUGGGAGGAUGGAGUCUCACUUACCUUCAGUCACUGGAACACCGGAGAGCCCAAUGAUUCCCGAGGACGUGAAGACUGUGUCAUGAUGUUGCACUCAGGACUGUGGAAUGAUGCACCAUGUUCCAGUGAGAAGGAUGGAUGGAUCUGUGAGAAAAGGAGCAGCUGUUGACCCUAUCCAAUGUCCCAGUGCCACAUCCACUGCCUCAAGUUUUACUAAGCCACCACUACUAACAGCCACUCAGCUUGACCCAGCCCUGUCCAGUGCAUGCUACGGCUACCUCAGCUCAAACUCACCAAAACCUCUUAAACCUGCAACCUAACUUGACAUUUGUCAGACUCAAAGAUCACUGCCAUAAAUCCCUGGUCAUCCUAUCGCCCACUUACCUUACUAGAUACAAUGACAAAACUGUUUUAUUUUUCCUGCAUCCCCCCCCCACACCCCGCAGCCACCAACCCAUCCCUCUGACUGGGAGCUGUCUUCACAGACAAAAGAAAUGUCAAUAAAUGUUUGAGAAAUGA